AUGCCCACGUUGGAAUUAUCUAUCAAUUUACUUCCGCAAACAGAGCUGAGCUCAACCACUAGCGCAUUGCAUUACCAGGCCAAGGACACGUACCGUUGGACGAGUAGAAAACUGGUAAUUUAUUCGGGGAAAUUUUGAUACUAUCAUUGGGUCAGGUGAGGUCAUCACCAUGGCAGCCGAAGACAUUGAGAAAAUCCUCAAGGAUCUCAACGCCAGAAAGGCCUUGCCUUUUUGGGACUUCAUCAAAGGAUCCGAGGGAGGUUUGGAUCCCCAGACACUACAGGCCGUUGGUAUCGAUCUUAUCGAUAUAAAAUACAAGAUGCUUAAGAAAGGCACCAAGGUGUAUGCCCUGGUGCCUUUGAAAGCAGCAGCGAUCCGUGUUUAUACCAUGAACAUUGAAACUCUACACACCAUCCUGGCAGAGAACCCGCAGAAUGAUGAGAACGGUGUUUCGCGUGUCAGUGUCUUCGAGCUGACAAGCGAUAGUGUGAUGGCAAUGCAGAUCCGCGAAGACAUUGCAUCUAAAGUCUGCUCGCUGUGGAUAAAGUCCAAGGACAAGGACAAUGCUGCAGAAGAGACUGAGGGAAAGGACUAUCAAAAACUACUGCAAUGCAGGGACCCCAGUGAUAAGAAUUUCAUGGACCUGUGCAUCACAAGGUAUUACUUUCCCGAGUUCAUUCAUGCACUUGUAUACACGAGACAGAACAGCGCAUAUGAAGUCCUUGUGACUGGGUGUUUCGAUGAAUUUAUUAGGCAGCGAAGGUUUGUUCAGGAUGUAGUGCUUCCCAAAAGCUCCUUGAGCAAGCUCACUGUGGAUGAGGAUGGGUACCUUAGACUUGGUUCUUCUAGCGACGAACCAACCCAUGUUGCGGUCGACGUUGCAUACGCACAGGUCAAAGACAAGAAGGUAUCUAAAGAAUUCUCACAAAGUCAGCAGGUUCCGUCGUAUGAUGAUAAUUUCCCAACAGCUGAGGAGUAUAACGAUCACAAGGAGGAUGAUCACUCUCUCGAUUACGAGUCCAUCGACAUCAAACCCUUGCCUACGGAAUCGUCGACAAACGUGGCAAGCCCCCGCCCCGAUCAGAAGCCGCCACCACCUCCUACCGCAGAACCAGUCUACAGCACCAUUGACAAGUCCGCCAAGAAACCCAGAGACAGGCAAAAGAGUGUUGAUCAACCCGACACCCCGGGGACACCGACUGGUACCAAGCCGCCACGCCCACCCCCGCUGGAAACCAUGCCAAACAGCGACGGGGAGUCCCCCGCUCCGAGCCAAAAGCCAUCCAGACCUUCAGCACCUCCCAGGGUCCUACGUGGCAAGUCGCAGUCAUCGCUUAAUUCAAGCCAUGGAAGCUCAGGGAAUGUAUCCUUGGAUGGCAAAGACGAGGCCUUGGAACCGCCUCCUCGAACGAGCAUGAAGGUCAAAGGUCAGAAAUCUGAUACGAUGACGCGUUUUUAACGUAAGUAAUAAAAUAUGUGUUACAAGCUAAAUCUUCCCCAUUAUAUAAACUGUUUUUGUACUACAAUCUGUCCUAGUUCCCUUUGCCAUCUGGGUCCCGUUGCAUAAAACUUUUUACCUGCGAAAACAGGCCCCUGGUGCACAGUUGAAAUUUAAGUGAAAGGUCUGGAUAUUUGGGUAAAGUAGUAACUAUAUAGGGAAGAGGGGUCUAGUGUAACAGAUGUAUUCUUUAGGGUCGUGGAGGACUUACAAAAAAGGCUUAAUUCUCUGCUGAUUAUAGAGUAACAUUAUAAUUCAGCUAAUCUCUCAAGUGUCAGUUAUUGAUACUGAAUAUUUUCCUAAGGAUUCUCCAGUCAAUGUAUCAACAAACUGGGUUAUAUUAUAUGGAAUCAUAUUCAAUGUUCAGUUUACAAAUUAAUGAGCCAUACUCCAUCCUAUUGAAUUCAUCUUGAACUGGACAAGAGAGUGGUUCCAUUUGAAAUAAAAAGUAUGUGCCAAACCUUGCCAGAAAGACAGCAGGAACAUGUGUGAAUUCUCUGCGUAUAUCAUAGCAAGCCUCAUACAUGUACAGGUUUAUUUUCAAUUCGUCUAAUGCCAAUUCGUCUACUAUCAUUUGGUCUAUCAUCAAUUCGUCCACUAUCCACAUGGUCUAAUUGCCAUUUCGUCCACUCACCUUUUCGUCCAAUAACCAGUUGGUCAAAUAUCCAUUCUGUCCAUGAACCAUUUGGUCUAAUUGGAUAAGUGAUAAUUGGGUGAAAUGAAUGGAAAGAAAAUGGGUAUUAGACCAACUGGUUAUUAGAUGAAAUGAUCAUAGAUGCACUGGUGAUUAGAUGCCAAAUGGUUAUUGGACCUAAUGGUUGAUACUUAGAUGAAAUGUUGAUGAACGGAAGUCACAGAAUGACAUUAGACUAAAUGAAGGUAGACCAUGUGAUGAGUGGAGGAGUUGGCAAUAGACAAAUCGUCAGUUUAUCCGUUAAUGUGUUUUCAAGACUUGUAUCAGAUUUAAACUUUAAACAAUUUUUAAAAUAAAGAAAUGAACACAAUCCCGUUUUUACAAAGGUUGUGGUAAUCAAGACACUUGAGUGUUGACUACAUGCUUUAAUAUUAUCAACUCGCUUCAAAGGAAUUGCACAAUAACUAUUCUAGUAUAUGAAAAUAAUACUAUCAAGUGCCUAUAUGCACUUAAGAUGGUUUGAAAGAAGAAAUUCAUAUUGCAAAGAAAAGAAAGCUUGUUUAAUGAGCCAGCAGUAAUUUAUCUUUUAUAAGGAGAUAUGCCUUCAAUGAUAGAUUUACUCAUGAAAAGUCUCAUUCAAAUAUGAAUUCCCUUCUUUUUAGAGGGGGGGGGGACCAUGCAAAUAAUCACAAUCAUAUGGUAAUUUUUACGUUUUUGUACACGGUUUUGGAAAAAAGUGGGGGGCUGAAGCCCCACACCCCUCCCCCCGCUUCUGCCGCACCUGUUUAUGAACCAUAAUAUAUUGAACUAGAUGUUUAUUUACUGCAGACACCUACAAUGAAUACCGGGUAAUACUCAUCAAGAUUUAAAAAAUGGUUUUGUCAACAAGACUAUAUAAUUUCAAAAGUCAGCUUUUCCUUCUUUGAUUUGUACAUCAAUGUUCUUAUAA